AGAGAAGCCAAGUCAACGUGAAGGCCUGUGGAAGCUUGGUUUCCAAGACCAACCAGUAAUAACAUCUAAUAAACAUGGCAGAGUCUCCUUCAUUUACAGACGCGUGGGCUGUUUCAACAUUACCCAAACCAAACUCACUUUCAAAACACUGUCGUUUCAUGUAUUUAAUGAUCACCAUUCUCUUUCUUUCUUUAUUCAUUUAUUUAUUUAUUAGUACAUUACUACUUCGAGAGAAACAAAGAAGAAGAUACAAACAAUCCCAUUUUACAACAAUAAAAUAUUUUCCCGGAAAGUUGUUUUCUUUCCUUUCCUUUCCAACCAAACUUUAUUACAUCGAUAACCCCAAAUUCUCUGUUUAACCAAAUACUACAGACAAAGCAUUUGUCUUUUUUGGUUUUGUUUUUCUUAUUUGUUUAUAUAAAGGCAAAAAGUUUGAGACUUUGAUUUGAAAAAAAAAUAAAAAGCUCAAAGUUGAAUGUCCUUUACUUGGUAAUAAUGAUCUUGUUAUUUUUUCUUUCCUGGGUUUUGAUUGGGAAAAUGGGUUGAUCUUAAAGUUUUGAGCUUUACUGUUUUGUUGUGUUUUUGAGGUGAAAAGGUUUCUGGGUCUUCCUCUAUUUUGGUUAAUAAUGUCUUCUUCUGAGUCUAAAGUUAGGUUAGUUCGUUGCCCUAAGUGUGAAAAUCUGUUACCAGAACACCCAGAUUACUCUGUUUAUCAAUGUGGUGGCUGUGGUACUAUUCUCAGAGCAAAAAAGAAAGUCCCGGAGAAUAAUAAUAAUGUGUUAUCUGAAAAUUCAGUUGAAGCAAAGGGUGAAGAGGUUUUUGAGGAGAAAUUAGAGGGUUUAAUGGAGAAAAGGGUUGAGACUGAAUUAGGGAAUUCUGGGAUUGAGAUUGUUAGGAGGAGAAAUGAGAGAUUUCCUAAUGUGAUUAGUGUUAGUGAAGAGUUAAACAAUUUAAGGCUAGAGAAGAAUGUUGAAGAGAAAGAACAUUGUUAUGGUGAUAGAUAUGGUAGAAUGUUGGAACCCCGGAUGGAUCAAUGGACUCGCGGAAGUAAUCAACAUAUGGAUAUGAACAGAUCUGAGUUUGUAAACUCAAGUGUAGGAGAUUUGACAGCCCAAGUACAUAGGUUAGCAGGAGUGGAUCGAACGGGUUUAGGAAGAGGUAGGUAUGAGGGGUUUUAUGGGAACAAUGGCGUUAUUGCUGAGCGUGGUAGAGCAUCGAAUUUGGGUUAUCCCGGGGAGGGGCCAUCAAACAACGAGGCGUAUUAUUUUCAUGGUCGUGAACAGCAGAUGAGUAGCAAUGCCCCCCGUGUCAAUGUGCCUAAUGGAGUUGAAAGUUUAGAGAAGGAGAGAGCUGAGCUUAUCAGAAAGUUGGAUGAGUUGAAAGAUCAAAUUAGCAAAUCAUAUGGUGUUGCAGAUAAACCAGUAGAGAACAAACCUGUUGAUAGGACCCCUCAUUAUCCUAUGCCAAGCACUUACUCGAACUAUAGUCGUAGACCGCCUUCUUUCAUGACUCAUCGUAACAUUGAUGUCCCAAACUUUUAUUCUCAUCAAAAUCAUUUCUUGAAUAAGAUUCCUGAAUAUGAAGAUCCAAUUCAGCCACAAAUGACAAGAAAUCCUCACCUUGUUCCGCCCCAUCAGUACCCUCAUAGUCAUACAUCUCGUGAUUACUAUACAGGACAGUAUCCACAUGAAACCUAUAUACACCCUCCUACAUGCUCUUGUUUGAGAUGCUACAAUCAGAACUCGAGGGUUCCUCCCCGAGUUCCUGUUACAUUUGAGCGGCAGAGUCAUCCUCCACUGCAAUCUCUUGAUCCUAUGCUGCAAACUAGAUGGAAAGUUGGCCAUGAUUCAGACAAUGAACGUGUGAGUCAUCAAAGAAAGCCGGUGGAAAUUAAUAGGAUUAGGCGUUUUUGCCGUCCCAUUGUAGGUGGUGCUCCAUUCAUUACAUGUCAUAAAUGCUUUGAGCUGUUGAAAUUGCCUAGAAAGUUUAGAAUGAGAGACAAUAAUAAUCCUCCUAAAAGGCUUCGGUGUGGUUCUUGUUCGACUUUAAUUUCAAUUUCAAUUGAGAAUAAGAAGCUUAGUACUUCUGAUUUUGAGGAACUCAAGCAGAUAUCCCCAGAUAGCCCUGUAAGUUCAAGUUGUUUGAGUGUCAAAGGUGCCAGCUUGUGCUCUGAUGAUUUCAAAAGUUCUGGUUACAACUUUCGGUUGGCUGAUAUGGGAAACAAUUCUCUGGUGGAAGAUGAAAGGCUAAACUUUGAUGUGUCUGAGAAGACGUGGGGUCAUUCUUCAUCGCCUUCCAUCUCUUCAAGGGAAGAGGAGAACCGAGAUUGUGUGACUUCCCUUGCUUCUGAGCCCGCUGAGAUGCCUUUAAGAGAUGCAUACUCGCCAACACCACCACGCUCACCUGUCUGGCAAGAGUCCAAUAGUCCUAAGCGCGGUCCAAGCAGAUAUGGCGAGCAGGGAAACAAGAGCAAAAGAACGUUGCGUAACAAUAUGGUUUUUAGUAGGAUGUCCUCUCAAAACAGUUCUGUUAAAGAUGCAGCUGAGGCCACCGAACUGGAUGAGGUUUCCUUUAACGAAUACCAAAACCGAGACUAUGAAGAAACAGACAAAGAAGAUCAACUCAAGCUCAGCAAAGGCAAUGAUUCCUUCUUUGUAGGUUUCAUCAAGAAGAGUUUUAGAGAUAUGUCAAGAUCUAAUAAUCAUAAUGGUGAGAUUGAGAGGCCUAAGGUUUUUAUCAACGGGCACCCUAUACAAGAUCGAGUGGUCAAAAAGGCUGAAAAGAUCGCCGGUCCAAUUCGCCCGGGGGAUUAUUGGUAUGACUACAGAUCUGGAUUUUGGGGAGUCAUGGGCCAACCUUGUCUUGGCAUAAUUCCACCGUUUAUUGAAGAAUUCAAUUAUCCCAUGCCAACAAACUGUGGUGCGGGAAACACUGGUGUCUAUGUAAAUGGAAGAGAGCUUCAUCAGAGGGAUUUAGAACUACUCUCCAAUAGAGGACUUCCAAUUACAAGAGACAAAUUUUACAACAUCGAGAUUUCUGGGAGAGUUUUCGAUGAGGACACUGGCAAAGAACUCGAUCCCCUUGGCAAACUCGCUCCAACGGUUGAGAGAACAAAGCAGGGAUUUGGAAUGAAAGUGCCAAACAUGGUCUUAUGACUUUUGGUUCGGUUUCAGAUUCUUCGGUUUCUCAACAAAGGUGAUCACCUCAAAUUGUACCAUGUUUAUUUUCCAUUUUUGGUUUUCUUUGGAUCUACUUUUCUUAAUCCAAAGCUAAAAUCCUCUGAUUAUGAUGUUGUAGUAAAACUACUGCGAAAUCUCUUUCGCUUGUUCAUAUAUGUUUUCGGGUAGAUGAUGAGGCUCUAACUGAUUCAUUCUUAGAUAAUUUAUUAUUUGGUUUGUUUUUGUAGAUUUAAGUCAAAAUUCUUUUGAUUGUACUAUUUUGUAACAAACAGAUGAAAAUUUCAUUUGAAUUACAUUUUUAUUA